AUGCUCUUCGGGAUCCCGCCACGUGUGGCCCCGUUGCGCUCCCCGCCGUCCGAUGCCCCCGGAUCCGGGUCGUCUCCUCCGAUCGCGCUCUUCUUGGUCUCCUUCCUCUUCGCCCCCGCCGCCGCGGCGGCGGCGGCGGCGGAGGCUUCGCGAUCGUCGACGAGGAAGGUGAGGUGGAGUUUCUCGGCGACGAGGUCGAGAUCGCGGAGGAUCCGAUCCUUCUCCUCCUCGAAUCGGUCGCGCGCAGCCGCCGCCUUCGAGGAAGAGGAUCCCGCGGUUGCGCCGCCGCCCUCGAAUAAGCAGCACGAGAUGGGGGAUUCGUCGUCGAUCGCGGCGCGGAGCAGCACAGGAGUGAUCUCCCCCUCCAUCGCCUCCGAAUCGGCUAAAAGCAGAAGCGACAAGAAGUAUCGAUCGAUGGAUCGAGGCAAAGCUCCCGCUUACUCACCAAUCAGUGGAGAAGGAUGUUCUGCGGUUCUCCCGGAAAGAUGUCGCGUACUACUCGUCGACGGGGACGCCAUUUCCCGUGAAAUCACCGAAAAGAUUCUCCUCGAAUGCAACAAUCAAGUGACAACAUGUUCGACCGGUACGGAGGCUCUCGCGAUGUUGCAAGAUCGAAAGGGAGUGUUCGAUGUUGUGCUGAGCGAUGUUGGCCUACCGGACAUGAACGGUUACGAGUUUGUGCGACGCGUAGAUUCCGAGUUGCAGCUCCCAGUGAUCGUGAUGAUUGCGGAGGGCAACACGGAGUUUAUGACGAUGAUCUCAAACGACGAGGUGUGGGGCAUUUUGGCGAAGCCCGUCACGAAGGACGCGGUAAUGAAUGCAUGGAAGCACAUGGCAGAUAGAAAACAGAACGAAGUAAAUCGGUCCGGUACGUCGCAACCGAUAAUAGCGGGGGAUCGUAAGCCCUCGACGAGUGAGCGGAAUCCAAAUCUGCAUCAGAAUCCGAACCCGAGUCAGAAUGACACAACGCAAACGAAAUUUAGAUGGAAGAACAGAGAGGAGCUCAGCGAGCGCGGAGAAUCUUCGAGGGCGGCCGCAGUGGCUGCGACGGGGGCGGAGAAGAAACCGAGGUUAGUUUGGUAUCCUGCUCUGCAAAAUCUGUUCAUCAAAGCUGUCAACGAAUUGGGCGCCGAAGCUGUUCCAAAAAAGAUCCUUGAAAAGAUGAAUGUUCCAGGACUUACCAGGAACCAUGUUGCUAGUCACUUGCAGAAAUACCGCAAACAGCUUAAGGAAUCUCAGGAUCAGAAAAGGCCUGAUGCGAAUUCGACAGCGGCUUCUGGUCUUCACAGUUGCAAUGUUCUUUCUCAGAAUCUGCCGAGCAUUUCAACAAAUCAGAAUUCAGUUCGUAGUCAGGUUACGAACACACAAAUAUCGAACUCCAACGCGCAAAUCACAAAUGUCUCGAACAUAAGCUGCUCAUCGAGGCAACCGAUAUUUUCAAAUCAAUCGUUUUACCAUCCUGGCAAUUUCAACAACUUGCACUUUAUGCAGCUUGAACAACCACAUUGCAAACAUCCAUCUCAAAAUCCGGUUUUGCGUCUUGAAGGCUCCGCGGUUAACAAUUCGCAAAAUCCCCAGCAGGCAGUAUUGCCGUGGCACAACAUAAGCGGACAAUCGGAGGCGCAAGUAGCUCCUUUUGCUUAUUUGGACUACUCCAUGCAGCUACAGCAGCAACAGCAGCGACAGCAGCAACAGCAGCAACAGCAGCGACAGCAGCGACAGCAACGAAUGUUCUUUGGCAGCCAACAAAACCAUCCGCAGCUUUACAUGCAUCCCGCAAGACAGUUUACAGGCGAAUUUACAGCGAAUAAUUUGAGUGCUUUACCAAUGAUGGAAAAUAACAUAACUCCGAACAAUACGUGGAAUCAUAUCGCAGGAGGUGAUAGGACUAAUUUGAAUACGGAUAGAUCAAUGGUUGUCGGAGCUCCUCAACUUUUCCAUGCCAACAAUAAUCAGUACGCCGUAGAACUGCCUGCAGGCUGCUUCUCUCUUUCUAGUAACAUAGAAGGGUUUGCUCGCAGAGACUCGCAGACUAUGGCAGAUCAUUUUGGAGAAACAAGCAAUAUGACAGGCUUACUAAGCAGAGAAUUAAUGAAUGAUGACUUCUAUAAUCAUCCUUCCUCAUUAUCUCACGCAGAUUAUUCGGUAUAUAUGCCUACGAAUCAAGAGGAGAAUUGGUCAGUAAGUAGCGAUUUCGAUACCAAGGACAAUAGUAGUGGCAUUAUAAAUCCUUACUUGUUCAGAGCACACAAUUUUGAAGACGUAGUAGAUGGUGUGGAUUCUCUGAUGAAUGAGAUGCAGAAUGAUUGCACAAACAAGGAGGAAGGAGAAGCAGACCCUAAGCAUUCUUUCUGACGAUUUUGCUGAAAUUUCACAGCAUCUAAUUGAAAUGUCCAGGCAGCAUCAAGACGCUUCGCCGAUAUAUUUGUGAUAAAUAUUUUAGCUUCCACAACCAAAAUAGAUGUAACUAAUCGCGUUUAGUGAAAUCACUGAAUUUUAUAGCUGUAACAGGUUCAGCGGUCGGAGUCUUUAGACAGAGUAUUGCUUGAAUCUGAUGUUGUUGCUUCUUUUAGUAGCAGUGAUAAAACUCAAUGUAAAAAGUUGGUCCCAUUUUUGUGGAUAA